AUGAAUCAGAUUCACGCAGAAGGAAAACCAUGCCUGUUAGCUUUAAGCGAUGAAGAAAGAAGUGAAGAUGAAAAUAGGAUAACCCCCACAAAUAUGCAAGAACUACUCUCCACCCCAAAACGAGAAAAAUAUAAGUUGGCAAGAAUUCUAGCUAAAAAGGCAAUCAAGGAAAAGAAAAUCUUUACCAUCUGUGGAUUGUACCCAGUAGUUCGUGAAAGUUUAAGGAAAAAAGGUUGGGUGGAGAAAAGGCUUCCUCAUAGAAGUGGCUUGCAGGAUUGUAUAGUUGACCAGUCUUGUAGUUGUUAUGAAGAUGCUAGGAAGAAUGGAAAGAAAAAUAUCUUGCGGGAAGUAGUAGCUUGCAUCAAUAAUUCAGAUGACAUUCAUGAUUUAAUGUCUAGGAUGGUGAGAAAUGAAGAUGCCUCUUUGUUCUGGACUGUAAGAAAGAAUGCUAUUAAUUGCUAUGACUUGCAUUGUGACCAAAUGUUGAAUCAUUUUGCAAAAACUGGCUGCUUUACAACUAAAAUUGGACUCUGUUUAAAUUUGAGAAAUUUACCAUGGUAUGCUCAAGCAAAUCCUCAUACUUUCUUUCCCCGUUGUUAUGGUAUUUGCAUGGAAGAUGAAAAGCAAGGUUUUAUAGAGGACUUCCGGUACACAGCAGCCUCUGGUAUACUAAAGUGGGUUGUUGAUCUGAAUGCUGGCAGUAGAAUAGCACAGAAAGCUGAAGAAAAAAGCAACAAGAGAGAUGUACACCCACAUAAAGGUUCUGAAUGUUAUAAUGAAAUGAAAGUCAAACAGCUUCCUGGAAAAUUAGUAGACGUGGCUUGCCUUGUGUGCGAGACCUACCUCGAGCAGAUGCAACAUAAAGACAUUGACAGAAUUGACUGUUCUGCCAUACUCAGUGAAGAGAAAUGGAAUGAACUACUUGAUCAUUACUAUUCUCUUGUUCAUGAUGGUGCUGUCAUUUGCAAUGCAUAUAGUUAUGUUAGCCAGUGUCAAACUAUUCUAUCCAAAAUCAUGUCAGCAAAUCCACAGCAAGCUAUAGAUGGUAAUCGCAACAUAUGGAUUAUUAAACCAGGAGCAAAAUCUCGUGGCAGAGAUAUCGUAUGCAAAGAUAGACUGGAUGAUAUCCUGAGGCUAGUAGAGGUGACAGAGAGAUGUUCAGUAAAGGAAAAUGAAUGGGUUGCUCAGAAAUACAUUGAUACACCAUUGUUAAUUUAUGACACCAAAUUUGACAUCAGACAAUGGUUUCUUGUUACUGACUGGAAUCCCCUAACCAUAUGGUUUUAUAAAGAGAGCUACCUGAGGUUUUCUAUGCAACAUUUCUCCUUAGAUGAUCUGGACAGCUCAAUUCAUCUCUGCAAUAACUCUAUCCAGAAACAUUACAAAAAUGCCUCAAAUAGGAAUACUCUGUUGCCAUGUCACAAUAUGUGGUCCAGCACUAAAUUUCAGGAGUACUUAGAAAAGAAAGGUCAUGGCACUGUGUGACAAAACUUUAUAUGUCCAUCAAUGAAAAAAGCCAUCAUCUACACAAUGAAGAUGGCUCAAGAGAGUGUUGAACCCAGGAAGAACAGUUUUGAGUUAUAUGGGGCAGAUUUUAUUCUUGGGCAGGACUUUAAACCAUGGCUGAUUGAAAUCAACACUAGCCCAACUAUGUUUCCUUCAACCCCAGUCACAGCAGAACUGUGUAGCCAGGUACAAGAAGAUACAAUCAAGGUUGUUCUCAAUAGUAAAAAAACUGGCAAAAACAAGGAUACAGGAAAAUUUGAACUUCUCUGGAAAGAGGCUCCUUUGGAUCUGCCUCCAUUUAAUGUUACAAAUCUUUUAAUAGAAGGAGUUGGUAUUAAAAGAUCAAGCCAGAAGGCUACUCCCAUCAUGAAUGUUAACUUUAUAGGAUCAAGAAUACUUCAAGAGACAGCUAAGAAUUCUUUAACCAGCUGCCAAAAGCAAGAAGAGUCAGUGGUACCUCUAGAUUAUGACAAACAAAAUUUCAAAAUUGAAAAAGAAAAAAAUGUUCUUUGUCAGGCACCAGAGCUUCUCAAGAGGCAACUAGGGAAAAAAUACAAAGUAAAAGAUAUAAGGACAAAAUCCUUUGGGCACAUCAAUUUCCCAAGCUCUCCUGUGCAAUCUAUGCAAAGCAUUCCAGAUCAAAGACUUUUGCCACCUAUAAAUAAAAGCAAAGGGAGAAAAGAUGCAAACUUCUGGAAGAUGCAUCAAGCAGGUCUUUCCUUUCCAAGCAUGCAUUCUUCCAACUGGCCUUUACAUCAAUCUUCUAAAAUACUAAGUAGUAUUUGUUCAGCAAAUAUUGAACUGUAA